CCAAAAUAGGCCAUCUAUGUGGAAAUCCCGUUAUUUUAGUCAAAAGAAAAGACCCACCAAGAUAUUUCUAUGGCGAGCUGCAAUUCUGUCCGUCGAAAGCUCGUCCUUACAAAUUGCGACUAAUAUAUAUUGUUUCAUCUUCCCCUUUCGCAACCUCCACUGCCCGCCCUUUCCACUGUUCCAUUUCUCUGUGACCGGAGAUGGCCACCGGUCUCUCUAUCUAUGCUCCAUCCUUCAAUACCCACACUAAUUUAUCAUUCAAGUGCCAAAUGCUGCGUAGAAACGCCAACUGCGGGCUCCUGUUUCCUUAUCUUCCAAAACCUUCUUUCCACAAGAAUCUUACUACUUCUUCCCUGAAGAGUCCGCUGGAAGAAUCGAAGUCUACAGCCUCAUCGGAUCAGGUCCGUCGAAACAGACUCGACAAGAAUUCGUCCAACUCCUUCCUGUCUGCGUCUGUAAAUCGUUUUAGAGAUGCUGCUUUUAAGUUUGAUGAACUUGCGCUGGACAUAUUGGCGAUUGCAUUGCCUGCUGCACUGGCUUUGGCUGCUGAUCCAAUUGCAUCGCUGAUUGACACAGCUUUUGUUGGUCAUAUAGGAUCUACUGAAUUGGCGGCGGUUGGGGUAUCAGCUUCAGUAUUCAAUUUGGUGUCGAAGUUAUUCAAUGUUCCUUUACUCAAUAUCACUACUUCAUUUGUUGCUGAAGAGCAGGCAUUGAUUAAUACCGAUGAGAAAAACAUUGUUCAAACAGAUAUUGAUGACAUUGAAGAUACACAAGAAAAGAAGCUCCUUUCCUCUGUCUCCACUUCUUUAGCACUUGCUACGUGUCUUGGAAUUGCUGAAGCUGUUAUGCUGUCUCUUGGUUCAGGGACUCUAAUGGAUAUCAUGGGUAUACCUGUUGAUUCAUCAAUGCGUGCACCUGCAGAGCAAUUUUUGUCUCUGAGAGCCUUUGGUGCUCCACCUAUUGUCAUUGCACUUGCUGCACAGGGUACUUUUCGUGGAUUUAAGGAUACAAAAACACCACUAUAUGCUACUGCUGCUGGUAAUUUUCUCAAUGCAAUACUGGAUCCAUUGUUGAUAUUCUUUUGUGGUUUUGGCAUUGGAGGUGCUGCAAUUGCUACUGUGAUAUCUGAGUAUCUGAUUGCUUUUAUUCUUUUAUGGAGAUUAAACGGAGAAAUAUCUUUUACUCUUUCAAGCAUCGAUGGGGGUAGAAUUGCGCGCUAUCUCCAAUCUGGUGGUCUCUUGAUGGCCCGGACAUUGGCUGUCCUUGUAACCCUGACUCUAGCCACAUCCAUGGCGGCUAGAGAGGGUCCUGUACCCAUGGCCGGUUAUCAAAUUAGUGUACAAAUAUGGAUGGCUAUAUCUUUGCUUACUGAUGCUUUAGCACUGGCUGGUCAGGCAUUAUUGGCAGGUAGCUUCACCUUACAAGACUAUAAACAUUCGCGUCAAGUGAUUUAUAGAACUUUACAGAUUGGUUUGAUCUCAGGAAUUUCUUUGGCGAUUAUCUUAUUCCUGGGAUUUGGCGCAUUUUCUGGUUUAUUCAGUGCCGAUGCAGAAGUCCUGGAAACUGCACGAUCUGGGUCGUUGUUUGUUGCUGGAUCGCAACCAGUAAAUGCACUGGCCUUCGUUGUAGAUGGGCUCUACUAUGGAGUUUCAGACUUCGGAUAUGCAGCUUACUCCAUGAGAGCAGGUGCUUGUUGGAUUGGUUUCUUCUAUUUUCCUGCUCGUGGUCACUCCCACAUUCGGUCUCCCUGGGGUUUGGAGUGGAUUGUUUCUGUUCAUGAUGUUGCGUUUAGUAGCUGGAAUCUGGAGAUUAGGCACGAAGAGUGGGCCAUGGGAGUUGGUUUUCAAUGAGGUCGACGGAAAAAGUGACUGAACUAAAAGGCUUCUUGAACUUCGUAAAGCUCAUCUCUUAAAGGGGUUGAAUACCACGAGGAUUUGGAUAUGUUCCCUAGCUUUUUAAAAGCUCCACCAACUCUGACUCGCAACUGAUACGACAGCUUUUUAUCUGUUAAACCAGAGCUGCCCUCAUCAAUGCAACAGUUCCCGAUCAUGUCAGACAGUUCGCCGCAAUAUUCACCGGAUGAGGUUUUCUUCUUAGUCUCAAUCAUUAAAAUUAACAUGAAGGGGGUAAUUGUUUUAUUAUUCGUUAAUUAUGUACUUGAAGGAACGAAUUCAAAGUUGUAAAUGUAAUCAAGAAACAAAUGAAUAUUGAUACUUCAUUCUAAUA